AUGCCGGACGGCUUCGUGAAGACUUGGCCGAAGAUGCUUUUGCAGGUGGAAGGUGCUUGCAUAUUCGGUGCGACAAUCUGGGCCUAUUCACGACUCGGACGAUCGUGGUGGACAUUUGCCGGCCUCCUCGUCGUCCCAGAUCUGGGUAUGGCAGGAUACCUAACCAACACCUCUUUAGGUGCUGUCCUCUACAAUUCGAUGCAUACGGAAACGCCGCCUAUACUUCUAUUGUGCACUGCGUUGGCACGCGACAAUAAGACGGCCGCCGGGUUGGCAUUGAGUUGGCUCGCGCAUAUCGGAAUGGAUCGCAUGCUGGGCUUUGGGCUAAAGUACGGGACCAGUUUCGGUCACACACACCUGGGCAAUCUGAAUUGA